AUGGUAUCUACUGCAACCCUAAUUUCUCCUUAUCCUCUUCGCGGGCAAAAAAUCAUCCACCCAAAGCUUUGUCAAUUCCAGGGAUUUGCGUUCCAGAGUUUCGCUGUGGCAGAUGCUGGCUUCACAUCCGUAAUGGCCUUGAAUGUCUACUUGACUUUCUACAAACGAUUCACUGCGUCUCGGCUUCGGAAACUGGAACGCUACUAUGUUCCCUGCUGUUACGGAAUACCUCUCAUUAUAGCUAGCGCUUUGCUCUUGGUCAAGCCUUAUCGCGUGGAUCAUUUUUACGGAAAUGAGAUUCUUGGUUGUUGGAUCUCCUACAAAUACGGCCAUUGGAAAAUCUGGUUCUUCUUCAUGCCUAUUUGGUCCGCAGAGCUUCCUACAACUUACAUGUAUGUUCAUGUCUUGUACACCAUUUACACGACAAAAGUCGAUCUUGCAUAA